GGUUUGGUUUGUAUCCUGCGGUACCGCUAGAAUCAACCCAGUUACAAUGUCACACUCGUCACACGUCACACCAACCAUAUACAACAACCACCAUGUCCGACGAUGAAAUGAACAUCGACGAAGUCGCUAAUGGCGGUGCUGUGAGGCGGAGAGGCAGAGGGUUCCAAAAUACGACAGGCGGAAACGAUGGCACAGUCACCGCAGAACCCACUUAUGACAGGGUUGAAUCUUCACAUGUCAAGGACGACACGAGAGCCGCACGAUCCGUUGAAGGUUGGAUCGUCUUGGUCACCAACGUACACGAAGAGGCAACAGAGGAAGAUGUCACGGACAAGUUUGCAGAGUUUGGCGAGAUAAAAAACCUCCAUUUGAACUUGGACCGCCGCACAGGUUAUGUCAAGGGCUAUGCACUCGUGGAGUAUGAAACCAUGUCCGAGGCACAGGCUGCUAUUGAUGGCGCGUCGGGAACACCAUUACUUGAACAGAUGGUCCAAUGCGACUACGCGUUCGUUCGACCCCCUCCAUCGGGGCCAAAGAAAGGCAGAGGAGGUCGGGAAGGACGCGGUCGGAGUGCUAGUCCGUCGCGCAGACAGAGAGACUGAGGUUAUUCUUUUUCCCCUGCGUCUGCAAUGUCUGACUGUAUUCAGCUUUCCAAGCUAUAUUUUGAUCAAUGCUGUUCUACCGCAAUGACGUCUAUUUACCGAUACGAUGGCGUGCUCGUAAAAGGAGGAGCCGGCGAGAUUUUCUCGAACCUGUUGAUCGUUAUAGAUGAAGGAUAUGUGGGCUGUUGUCACCGCAGUCGGGCAGUGUGUAACGAGAUGCCGUGCCAAGCUCGUUUCAGCGUGAUGAACUGACAAACAAUGCACGGCGCGUCUUGGUUCCUCAUACCUCUUGUAAGAUUAUGCACACAUCACUGCAAAGCAACUGCGAGAUUAUGCAUUGCAAUACUGUAGUUAACAAGUCGUCAAGUUAGCAUCCGGAGGACGGCCGGGCGUUGCCGGGCGCCCGUUGAAGAGGUUGUUUACCUUUGUUUCCACCAAUUACAUAACAUGCGCGCC